GUGUAAAUUAGCAUAUGGUAGAGAAUAAAAGCCUCUGUGUCGCUCGUGAGUCACAUUGAUUCGUCAGUUCUGCGAUCAUUCAGCAUCAUGCCUGAACCAGCCAAGUCCGCGCCUAAGAAGGGCUCCAAGAAGGCCGUCACGAAGACCGCCGGUAAGGGAGGAAAGAAGCGCAGAAAGUCCAGGAAGGAGAGCUACGCCAUCUACGUGUACAAAGUGCUGAAGCAGGUUCAUCCUGACACCGGCAUCUCCUCCAAGGCGAUGGGCAUCAUGAACUCUUUCGUCAACGACAUCUUCGAGCGCAUCGCCGGUGAGGCGUCUCGUCUCGCUCACUACAACAAGCGCUCCACCAUCACGUCGAGAGAGAUCCAGACCGCCGUGCGUCUGCUGCUGCCCGGUGAGCUGGCCAAACAUGCCGUGUCUGAGGGCACCAAGGCCGUCACCAAGUACACCAGCUCCAAGUAGAGUCCCCGAGACUCCCACACACCCAAAGGCUCUUUUAAGAGCCACCCAUAUACUCACACAAAAGAGAUUCUGAUGUUUGUUUUUUUUCCCUUUUCUGCAAUGGAGAGUGUGUAGAUAUUUUUUUCAAGCAGAUAAAUAUUUGCUGGAUUUAGAAAAAAAAGAAAAGGAAAAAAGUCAAUCUUUCUGAAACUAACUUAUAAAAUUGUUUGGCUUUGUGCAACAAAUAUUUACAGAGUUUAUAGUGUUUUAAGUCAGAUUUAUUUCUCAAAACAUCUAUAUUACUCUACAAUAAGGUCACAUUUGUUUACCAUCUAAUAGAUUCACUAGCAAACUAAUGAGCUAUAUAUAUAUAUAUAUAUAUAUAUUAUUAUUUUUUUUUUUUACAGCUUUUAUUAAUCUUUGUUAAUAGGAAUGUUCAUGUUCUCAGUGCAUUAAUGUCAACUUUUGAUCUUCAAAAUGUGUCGAUAUAUACUGGGAUAUACAUUAAGAUUAAUAAUAAAUGCUGUUUAAAUAAAUUAUUCAUUGUUAGUUUGUGUUAAUAUAUAACUAAUGUUAAAUUAAACCUUAUUGUAAGUGUUACCAAAGUAUCUGUAACUCUCAUUUACUGGAGCUACUGAUGUUUAUUUCCUAAUACAAUAUUAUUAGAACUAUAUUAAGAUAUUGUAAGAUAUGUAUACUCUUUAUCUGGUCCCUUACUGACUCCAUCAAAUAAAUGUAGUCCAAUUGUCUUCCCUGAAUAUUAAUGUAGAUCAUUUUUCUGUUCAUUAUAAUUAGGCCUGUAUUAUAUUUACAGUAUGUUUUGGGGUCAGUAGUUUUCUUUCAGCAAGGAUCUAUUGAAUUGAUUCAACAGUAAGUGUAAUAGGUGCCAUGAAAUCAAAAUUAACAAUUCUUAUUUAUUUUUUUUAUGGAAUAUUGUAUUUAUUAUCAAUUUAACUGUGCAUUUUUAUUAUUAUUAUUAUUUAUUUAUUUAUUUUUAAUCCAUGUGCCCUUGUGAUCUUUAAUCAGAAACGUUAACCUCCCCUUCCCCUCAAAACGACUCAUCGUCUCUUCCUGUCACAUGCUAUGGUGAGAGGGCGGAGCUAUCUGUAACUGCCAGAUGUAUGCAGUGACAUCAGGGGUAAAUGCUGUCGCUGGGGUAAGCUGAUGCUUCAAUUUAUAGAUAUCAAUUCAUUAACCACCACUGAUGCCAGUCAUUGGGCUCUACAGUACCAUUAAACACUGAAAGGAUAUUAUGAAAUCAUUACUCUUUGGACAUGGCAAACACAUUUAUUUUUUAAUGAAUGACUUAACCUGAUGGAGCUCAGUCAGUCAGGCUCUGUGUCCACUGGAGCUGAGCGUUCAUUAAGCCGAGCAUCACACCCAACUUGUGCAUUAGCGUGAGGCUCAACUUCCACAGAGCUCUAGAUUGCAUGUGCAGGGUCAUGUUUCAGGCUGAAGAAUAAGAGGAAUAAUAAUGAGGCAUUUAUAUAGUGCUUUACUAUGUACUAUUGUACACCCAAAGUGCUUUACAGUCAUAUCAAGUAUUUCUCCUCACCGCACACACUGGCUAUAGAGGAGAGAGAGAGUGAUAGAGCCAGUUCAGGGAUUAUUAGGAGUCCAUGAUUGGUACACUAAAGCAGGCUCUUCUUGACCCUGAAUCACCCGUAUUUCAAGCCAGGGUUGCCAGGUCUGCGUUUUUAUUUUCAUUUUUUGCUACAUCAAAUUUGUAGCGCCUCCCGUCCAAUAAUUGCAAAAAGCUUUGUGCUUUGUUACUUCUGAUGAGAAUAAAAGUUUCAGUUUUCAAA